AGACGGUUCAUAUCGGUUUAUCAAACCAGGUUUUCCGUCUCUUGUUUAGUUCCUUCGGCUAUUUCCUUUCCGCGUGCCUGAUCAUAGCUCUCCUCUCUACAUUGAAGAACAACAGCAACAACAAAAAUGGUGUCGCAGAAUGUCGUGCGCAUGGUCGGUUACGCCGGUGCCGCAGCGAACUGGCUGAUCCCGAUCGCCGGCAUCAUGAACUUCCCCACCCGCCCGCUUUCUGAUAUUGAUCCUGUGAUGACUUCUGUUCUCUGCGUGUAUAGCAUGCUGUUCAUGCGGUGGUCAGUCUCCAUUCUGCCUGCCAACUAUCCUCUCUUUCUGUGCCACGCCACGAACAGCACUGUCCAGGCGGUCACUCUGGGCCGCUGGACUCUUGGGAAACUGACUGGAGGGAGCAACCCCACCGAAAAGAAAGCGAUUGAGUAG